AUCUGAAACGAAACGCAAAUCUUCAAACGUCAAAAAUGUUUGCAUCUGUCACUGGCAGAGGGCGUUUCUCUCUUUUUCCGGUGCCCGAGGUCAAAGAAUCAUUAUAAACCAUGGCUGAAGUCGAAGUUGAGGUACCCUCCAACCCCGUCCUGAGCGGAGGCGCUAUGGACGUGAACACGGCGCUCCAGGAGGUACUGAAGACAGCCCUGAUCCACGGCGGGCUCGUCCACGGCCUGCACGAGGCUGCCAAGGCUCUUGACAAGAGGCAAGCGGUCCUCUGUGUCCUUGCUGAGAACUGCGACGAGGCUGCCUACAAGAAGCUCGUCCAGGCUCUGUGCAAUGAGCACCAGAUCCCCCUUGUCAAGGUGGACAACAACAAGAAGCUCGGCGAGUGGGCCGGUCUGUGCAAGAUCGACAAGGAUGGCAAGGCUAGGAAGAUUGUUGGAUGCUCAUGCGUCGUCAUCAAGGACUUCGGUGAGGAGACUCCAGCGCUGGAUGUGUUGAAAGACUACCUGAAGUCUUCAAGCUAAUUCCUAGGUCUUAAUCUAAGCUAAAACCAAUAAAAAACACAAAAAAACCGCAA